AUGGAGAGCGACUCGGAGAUGGUUGCGUUCCCUCUGUUACCGACUCCGAUAGAAUCAAACUACAGGGCUUCCACAAUUCCUUAUCGAUUCCCUUCUGACAAUCCCAGAAAGGCUACUCCCACUGAGAUCUCUUGGAUCGACCUCUUCCUCAAUUCCAUCCCUUCUUUCAAGAGUCGUGCAGAGAGUGAUACUACCGUUACAGAUGCUCCUGUUCGAGCUGAAAAGUUUGCAAAAAGGUAUGCGGAUAUUCUUGAGGACUUGAAGAAAGAUCCGGAGAGCCAUGGAGGGCCACCAGAUUGCAUUCUUCUCUGCAGAAUCCGUGAGCAAAUUCUCAGAGAACUGGGAUUUAGGGACAUAUUCAAGAAAGUUAAGGAUGAUGAGAAUGCAAAGGCUAUAUCACUAUUUCCAGAAGUUGUCCGUUUGAGUGAUGCUAUUGAAGAUGAAGGCAAACGCAUAGAGAGUCUUGUAAGAGGGAUUUUCGCUGGAAACAUCUUUGAUCUCGGUUCUGCACAGCUUGCCGAGGUAUUCUCAAACGAUGGGAUGUCAUUUUUGGCUAGCUGUCAAAACUUGGUUCCACGGCCAUGGGUCAUUGAUGAUCUGGACAACUUUCAAGCUAGAUGGGUCAAGAAGCCUUGGAAGAAGGCAGUGAUAUUUGUCGACAACUCUGGUGCAGACAUAAUUUUGGGUAUUUUGCCGUUUGCAAGAGAAAUGCUACGUCGAGGAAUGCAGGUGGUGCUGGCUGCUAAUGAGCUUCCUUCUAUCAACGAUGUAACUUAUACCGAGCUUGCAGAGAUCUUGUCAAAGCUGAAGGAUGAAAAUGGACAAUUGAUGGGUGUUGAUAUCUCAGGUCUUCUGAUUUCAAAUUCAGGAAACGACUUACCGGUUAUUGAUCUUUCAAGAGUAUCACAGGAGGUUGCGUACCUUUCAACCGACGCAGACUUGGUCAUCUUAGAAGGCAUGGGACGUGGAAUAGAGACAAACCUUUAUGCUCAGUUCAAGUGCGAUUCCCUCAAGAUUGGAAUGGUGAAGCAUCCAGAAGUAGCACAGUUUCUCGGAGGACGGCUUUAUGACUGUGUCAUCAAAUACAAUGAAGUUCAGAGUUAA